AUAGACAAUUUUGCUUUCCAUCCUACAGCAGCAAGAUUCAUCAGAUGCCUUUGGAAUGAAUGGUGGGAGGUGUUCUGGUGGAGCACUAAACCUUUUCUAGAGCUACUACUUGUUGGAGGCUAACACCGAGCUAGGAAGAAGAAAGGAGACUUUUUCAUGAGGAGAAGGGAGGCAUACGAUUACCAGCAAAUCUAGCACAAAAUUCAUCCCAGGACUCCCAGUCUCCUGUACUCCCCUUGCCCAAGAUGUGCAGCGAGCUUUACUUCUUGAUUCCGAACAGGAGAGAAGUAUUACGACUUGCAUGCUCCUUGCCCAAGUUCUUGUCAUCAUUUCCAAGAGCAAAACCAUCUUGUUGGCUUUAAUACUGAUGCAGUAACUAUGGUGUCAAAUUCUGUGACCAGAUUCUGAAGGAAACCUUACCUGCAUGGAAGAGGGAGACCCCCAGCCCAGCAUCUCCUUGGCACGCACUCCGUCGGAAGGCGCGGCGGCGGCAGUCGACUUGGAUCUCCUUGAGCAGCUUCUCUCAGCCGACAACGCCUGGCUUGAAGUGGCAGCAAACACUUCACGCUCACCCAACUUCUUUGCUACCCCCUCCAACUGCUUGACAGAUGCUUCGGUCGCCACCACCACACCUGCAAAUUCAUGGUGGAUUCAGCCGAGCGGUGCAAGCACCUCAGUUCGGGAACGGUUUGACCAAGCUCUAGCUUACAUCAGGGAGACACAGAGCGACGCCGAUGUGCUUGUGCAGCUCUGGGUGCCAGUCAAGGGCAACGAUGGUCAGCUGGUGUUGACGACGAGCGGGCAGCCAUUCACUCUCGAUCAGAGGUCCAAUAGCCUCAUACAGUUCAGGGAGGUUUCGACAAAGUACCAGUUCUCUGCAGAUGUUGCUUCAGGUUCCUCACCUGGGCUACCAGGGAGGGUGUUCAUCGGUAGGCUUCCUGAAUGGUCACCAGACGUUCGAUACUUCACCAGCUAUGAGUACCCUAGGAUCAACCAUGCACAAUAUUUGGAUGUCCACGGGACGAUGGGGCUGCCGGUGUUUGAGAGGGGGAACUACUCAUGCUUAGGUGUCAUCGAGUUGAUCAUGACCAAGCAGAAGCUCAACUUCACCUCCGAGCUCAAUACCAUUUGCAGUGCUCUCCAGGCAGUUAACCUGACAAGCACAGAAGUUUCAAGCAUUCCGCGCGCAAAGCUUAACAGUGCUUCCUACAAAGAUGCUUUACCAGAGAUACUAGAAGUCCUGAGAGCAGCCUGCAUCACCCACAAGCUACCAUUAGCUCAGACCUGGGUCACAUGUGCUCAACAAGGAAAGCGGGGCAGUCGCCAUUCUGACGAGAACUACAAGUACUGCAUUUCCACCAUUGAUGCAGCAUGCUAUGUGAAUGAACCCCGGAUGCAGAGCUUCCACGAGGCCUGCUCCGAACACCACCUGCUACGGGGGCAGGGGGUUGCAGGGAAAGCCUUCACCACAAACCAGCCAUGCUUCCUACCAGAUAUUGGAUCCUCCACUAAACUGGAGUACCCAUUGUCUCACCAUGCUAAGAUUUUCAAUUUAAAAGGUGCAGUGGCAAUCCGAUUGCGUUGCACGCGCACAGGGAUUGCCGACUUUGUGCUAGAGUUCUUUCUGCCAACUGACUGUGAAGUACUUGAGGAGCAGAAGGCAGUGCUGGACUCAUUAUCAGGCACCAUGAGAAGUGUUUGCCAAACUUUACGUGUUGUUACUGACAAGGAGAUGGAGGAUGAGGCCAUGAGAGAAAUGAAUGAGCUGAACUCAUUUAGUCCUCGGGGCAAGAACAAAGUUGAGGAGUUAUCCUUUGGAGACAACACAAGAGGGGAUAGAGAGGAGGCAUCUUGGACAACCUUAGUAGGGACUUCACAGAAAGGAUCAGAUUUAGCUGAAUUGCAUACACAUGGAAUGUUAUCACAUGGAGGGCAUGGUUCAUCUCAAGCUGGUGAUCAAACAAGUAAAGAAGGUAGCAAAGUGAAAAGGCGUACAAAGACGGAGAAGACCGUGAGCUUGCAGGUCCUUCGGCAGUACUUUGCUGGGAGCCUGAAGGAUGCAGCAAAGAGCCUUGGAGUGUGCCCAACCACCCUGAAAAGAAUAUGCAGGCAGCAUGGCAUAAACCGCUGGCCAUCACGGAAGAUAAAGAAAGUAGACCAUUCUCUAAGGAAACUGCAGCAAAUCAUUGAUUCAGUUCAUGGAGCAGAGACAGCUUUCCAGCUUAACACCCUCUACAAGGACCUCACAAACACCUCUGUAUCAUCUGACAACAAUUUGUCAGGAAGUGUCACAGUUCCUCUGGCUAACCAGAACAAUCUAGACUUUGAAAUGCACCAACACCACAGGUUAAGCAGCAAUAUUCCAUCGACUUCACUCUCACACUCAUCAUGCAGCCAAAGUUCCGAUUCAAGCCCUUCCUGCAGUGGAGGAGCAACAAAACAUUCACCCCAGGUUGGAGCUGAUCAGGUGAGGUCAGGAUGUCUUCCACAACAUAGCCCUGUCCAGACUCUGCAAACAGAAGCUGCUUCAAUAAAUGAACAUUUCUCAGGUCAGGAAGCACCAAUAGAUCUCUUACAGGAUGUUGCUGAAAAGGCAAAUGGUGAACAGCACAUGUCUCAAAGUCCAUCAUCCCCCAAGCAGACUGCAAAUGUAGGUAUGAGAGUAAAGGUCACUUUUGGCUCAGAAAAGGUGAGGUUCAGAUUGAAACCUGAGUGUGACUUUCAAGAACUGAAGCAGGAGAUAUCAAAACGUCUGAGUAUAGCAGACAUGAAUUCCUUGAUUGUAAAGUAUUUGGAUGACGAUUCAGAAUGGGUCUUGAUGACAUGUGAUGCAGAUUUACACGAGUGUUUUCAUGUUUAUAAACUAGCAGAUAUCCAAACAAUCAAGAUUUCAGUUCAUCUGGCUGCUAGUCCAACAACAAGGAUCACCAUUGGUCACACUGGUUUCUCAUGAAGACACAAUGAGCCUCACUAGCUUGUGGGAUGUCUUCAGAAACCCAGGGAAACCCAAAAAAUGGUUGGCAGCCUGUGCAAGGUACCAAGUGCCACAAUCAGAUGCAGGUCUCCUGUUAGCUGGAUUAGUCUUUAAUCUGUUGCUGAGAUUAGGAACUGCUGAUUACACUGGAGUACUUGACAAUGGGAAUACAGUUUUGAAAAGUAGCAUAUACCAAAGAAACCAUUGACUUGUAAAUACUCUCACUGAUGGACCUGAUAUUUUCCAAGCCAGUGUAAUUUGAUUGAGAUCAUAGGGUGAAAUAUAUCUAAACCAGGUUAGCCCCAAGUAUAUUUACGUUCUUGGCAUGCUUAUGUGCAAUAAUCCUUGCUGGCUACUGAUCAUUGAUCAAUGAUCAGUUGAUCACCUGUGAUAGUCCCUUCAAAGGAUACUACAGCACUUGCCCCUCGUCUGAGUGACCAGCAGCAAAGUCUUCUUCCCCCUCUUUUGCCGAAAAAAAGCAGCAAGGACUUCAAUUCUUUGGCAUGCUUCUCUGAAAAUACAGUUUGACACAGCAAUGGUUCUUAAUAAGUUAUAGAUAUUGGAGGAUAGGAUGCUUCCUUUGUUCAAUUUGUUUGUCCAUUGGAAAACAAAAAUGUAUGGUGCACUCGUACAGCAUGAUGAUGUGUUCUUUUUGGAGAGAUUGUUGCUGUUAUUCACGCAAAAAAUUGUGUUCUUUAAGAAGAUUGGAUUUUCUGAACUGUAACAAAUGCCAUUAGUAUGUCUAAAUUCUAAAAUGUACUCCCUCCGUUCCAUAAUAUAAGGCACAACUACUUUUUUCA